CCCUCCCCCCAUACCGCAUACUGUAUAUGUCGUGAAACGAUCGACGACUACAAGCAGCAAGGCCAAAAUUUCCUUUGAAAGCUGAACUUCCUAACGAUAGAUUCGCUAGGAUCGAGUACUGCCAAAGCAAUAUCCGCUAUCACCCAUCAACAUGGAUGUGGAUCGAGUCUUCGCCCUUCAUAUACAUGACUUGGAGUAUAUUGACAUCGAUGAAAUUUUAAAGGACUUAUUGAAGAAAGGUAUGCUGAAGAAUGGGGAGUAUUAUGAAGUUGCCAAGAAGUCCUCAUCCGAGAAGCGACUAUUUCUAACGGAACGAAUCCUUCAUAAAGGAGAGGAUGCCUUCCCCACUUUCUUGACGUGUCUACGAGAGCGUAAUCAUUCGAAGUUAGCAGACGAAAUGGAUAGAGACCGUAGUGAGCUUCUGAAGUCACCCCGAGACAUCAUUCGAGCAAGGAAAGAUUUCCUCAUGGAUCAUUUGGAUGUCGACCGUGUGGCGAUGGAUCUAUUCGAGUCCGGGGUUCUAACGUCAGGAGAUCGCGACGAAGUCACGGCACUACGAGAAUUGACGCAAAGGAGAACCGUUCUCUUGGCGAAACUGCUGGCUAAGAUCGAUUCACGGAAUUUUGAGAUGCUUCUGAAAGCGCUUGUAACUGCAGGACAGAGUGACGUAUCUAAGGAUCUUCGGACUCAAUGGGAAGCAGUCGAUAAAGGGAAGCCGGACCUUGCAAUAUCCCUUUUGAGCGAGAUGCCUUCUGACGAUGACAUCUGGGAAAUGGCGGGAAAAUUGCAGGACAUAUGGGAGAAACUCGGGGAAAAGUUGGGGGUCUGUCAAGAGAAGCUUGAAGAAAUAAAAAAGCUAAGAAACAGCCUUCAGGACACGACAUAUAGUGUAUUGAGAGAGUGGAGGAAAUCCUCACCUCCAGGUAGGUACACCUUCGGAGCUCUCCGAGAAGCUCUGCAGGAGUUGGGAUUGAAGAGGAAGGCAGAUGAAAUCAUCGAUGUCAUAUGUAGAAAGAAAUGCGAUGAAGUCAAAGGGAGCAUUUGAUUCAUCUCAAUUGUUUAUGCAUCGGCGUUUGUUACUGAUUGUCGAGAUUGUCUUUGAAUGUGGGUGUGUGAUGCUAUGAUAAUCCGUGAUCAUGAAAUGUUCAUUAUACUUCGAAAUAUUAUUGUGAGCC